GAUGUCGCAGCCAGAGGACUCGACCUUCCUCAGGUCACCUGGAUUGUUCAGUACACUCCUCCGACGGCGGCGGCAGAGUACGUUCACCGCGUCGGUCGCACGGCUCGUAUCGGAGGAAAAGGAAGCAGCCUAAUCUUCCUCACCCCUGCUGAGACCGGCUUCAUCAACGAGCUGGCCAAUCACAACAUCAGCCUGUCAGACAUGAAGCUGCAGGACAUCCUGUCCAGUCUGAUGCAGGACGACACCUACAGGGGGCGGGGCAAAUACCACAGCAAGGUACGUCGAUCCUCCCACCUGAGCCCCACAGUCCUCUGAGAGCUGGUUCUGGUUCUUCCUGGUGUCUGCAUGUCC